GCUUAGCAAAGACUGUUUCUUUUCCGAAUGCUUUCAAUUCGCAGAAGCUUAACUCUAGCGAAAGAGGCAAAAGAUUCGUUUUUGUUCUUGUGUAAUCUCCGAGCUCGACUUCUAUCUACAGAUUACGAUGAUCCACCAUUUUCGCCUCUCUCGAAACCCACUAAACCUCUAAGAGAGAAGAAGACGAAGCAGAAGAAGAAAACAAAGCAGGAUCAGUCAUCGGAGCCGGUAACUAACCGGACGGUGCCGGUGACUUCAGACCUCCCGUUCGAUUUUAGGUAUUCGUAUUCGGAAACCAACCCGGCAAUUGAACCAAUUGGAUUCCGUGAACCGAAACGGUUUUCUCCAUUCGGACCGGGUCGAUUAGACCGGAAUUGGACUGGGACUUCUGCUCCGGCUUCUCCGGAGAGUGACCAGAGCCAAUGGGCGGAGGAGAGAGAGAAGAUUCUCGGCGAGCCUUUGACGGAGGAGGAAGUGACUGAACUAGUGGAACGGUAUCGUCAUAGUGAUUGUCCACGGCAGAUUAAUCUUGGGAAAGGAGGAGUCACUCACAAUAUGAUAGAUGACAUUCAUAACCAUUGGAAGAAAGCAGAGGCAGUGAGGAUUAAAUGCUUGGGAGUACCAACUCUUGACAUGGACAACAUAUGUUUCCACCUUGAGGAAAAAUCCGGUGGAAAGAUCGUAUACAGAAACAUAAACAUCCUUGUUUUGUACCGAGGAAGGUAUUAUGAUCCGAAGAAUCGACCUAUCAUACCACUAAUGUUAUGGAAGCCUUAUCCACCUAUAUACCCAAGGCUUGUCAAGAAUGUCGCUGAUGGGUUAACAUUUGAAGAGACCAAAGAGAUGAGAAAUCGUGGGCUUCUUUCUCCUGCUCUAAUGAAACUUACUAGGAAUGGUGUCUAUGUUAAUGUCGUGGGAAGAGUGAGAGAGGAAUUUGACACAGAGGAGAUUGUCAGACUAGAUUGCACUCAUGUUGGGAUGAGUGAUUGCAAACGAAUCGGUGUGAAGCUAAAGGACUUGGUUCCAUGUGUUCCCAUAUUGUUCAAAGAUGAGCAGAUCAUACUCUGGAGAGGGAAGAGGAAUUGAGAAGAAGAGGUUGUUUUGUUACUCUGUGAAACUUUGAUCCAGAAACAAUGAUCCUGUGACCUGAACAAAUCCAUUUGUAAACCAAAACUUCCUCAUUGUAUAAAACAAAUAUUAACCUAAUUUUAUAUGUCAGAAUCAUGAAGACAAGAACUGAGUCACAGAUUCAAGUAUACAACAAAUCU